AUCAAGUUCAACAGCUCUCAGGAAAGUCAGCAGUCUUUGAUGCAAGAAAAACUGCAGGAGCAUCUGGCAGAGAAGGAGAAGCUGAAUGAGGAGAGGCUAGAGCAAGAGGAGAAGCUGAAAUCCAGAGUCAGGCAGCUGGAGGAAGAGAAGGUGGCUUUGGAGGACAGCGUUACUCAAGAGAGAAACAGAGCCAAGGCAGCGUUAGAGGAAGAACAGAAGAGAGUCCAGGAGCUGGAGACCCGCUUGGCCCGCCAGCAAGAGGCUUUGGUGGGCAGCGCUGCUCAAGAGAGAAGCAGAGCCAAGGCAGCACUAGAGCAGGAACAGAAGAGAGUCCAGGAGCUGGAGCACUGCUUGGCCCGCCAGCAGGAGGUUCUGGAAAGCAGCAUAGCCCAGGAGAAAAGGAAAGCAAAGGAAGCCUUGGAGUCGGAAAAAAGAAAAGUCCAGGAUCUGGAGAACCACUUAACCCAACAGAAGGAGAUCUCAGAGAACAGUCUUGCCUACGAGAGGCACAAGGCCAAGGAGGCCGUGGAGAAGGAAAAGAAAAAGGUACAAGACCUGGAGAACCACCUGACCAAGCAGAAAGAGGAAAUAGAAUUAAAAGGGCAGAAAGAGGACGUUUUAAAUAAUAAAUUAAGUGACGCACUAGCCAUGGUGGAAGAGUCUCAGAAAACAAAGACAGCCGAGAGUCUAAAAACAGAGAGCCUCACCAUGAAAUUAAAUGAAACAUUAGCUGAGCUGGAAACUGCCAAGACGAAAAUGAUCAUGAUGGAGGAGAGAUUCAGGCUCCAACAGCAGAUGGUAAAGGCCCUCCAGGAGGAGCGAGAAUCUCAGAAACAUGGAUUUGAGGAAGAAAUUCUGGAAUAUAAGGAGCAGAUCAAACAGCACUCCCAGACGAUCGUGAGUCUGGAGGAACGCCUCCAAAGAGUCACUCAACACCAUAAAAAAAUAGAAGGAGAGAUCGCAACCCUGAAGGACAGUGACCCAGCUCCAAAGGAGGACAUGCCACAAGACCCUCCAGUGGCUCCUUCAUCCAAGAACAGCGCCACAGAGAUGACGUGCGAACACUUGAUAGAUGACUUGCUAGCUGCUCAGAAGGAAAUCCUGUCUCAGCAAGAGGUCAUCAUGAGGUUAAGGAAAGACCUUACUGAAGCCCACAGCCGAAUGUCGGAUUUGAGAGGGGAGCUCAGCGAGAAGCAGAAGUUGGAGCUGGAGCGGCACGUGGCAGUGGUCCAGGAGCAGAGCAGCGAGCUGAGCGUACUCAAGGACAAGGUGGCCCAGAUGAGCAGACUGGCUGAGAAAAAGGACCACGAACUGAGGGCCCUUCAGGAGGCGCUCAGGGCUUCCCAAGAGAAACACAAACUCCAGAUGAACUUGGAGAAGGAGCAGAAACCCAGGAAGAAGACCCAGAUGUGUGACAUCUCAGUGCAGAUAGAACCAAGCCCCACCGAGGUCGGCUCAAGCAGCCAGGAGGAGCUAUCCUUCAGUGACCUGGGGGCCAAGUGCAAAGGGUCCCGACAUGAGGAAGUCAUUCAGCGUCAGAAAAAGGCCUUAUCUGAACUUCGAGGGCGAAUCAAAGAACUUGAGAAGGCCUGCUCAUCAAAUCAUAAGGGCCACCUGAAUGAAUCUUUUCUGGAACUAAAGACUCUCCGAAUGGAAAAAAAUAUCCAGAAAAUAUUACUGGGUGCAAAACCUGAUUUGCCAACUCUCUCAAGAAUAGAGAUCUCAACGCCUCAGAAUGGCUUUUGCAACUCAAGGUUCAGCUCAGCCAUUGAGAAGUCGGGGAAAACGGACAUGGCUGAGGCUUUGGAUCUCAGUGAAAAGCUGUACAUGGACAUGAGCAAAACACUCGGAAGCCUGAUGAACAUCAAGGACAUGUCAGGCCACGUGUCCAUGAAAUGCCUGUCGCCCAAGGAAAGGGAGAAAGUCAACCAGCUUCGGCAAAGGGACCUCGACCUGGUGUUUGAUAAGAUCACCCAGCUCAAGAACCGGCUGGAGAGGAAAGAGGAGCUUCUUCGAGGAUACGAGAAAGACAUUGAUCAGCUCAGGCAGAGCAAAGUGUCUGUUCAGAUGUACCAGUCACAGGUGGCAAAGCUGGAGGACGACAUCUACAAGGAGGCCGAAGAAAAGGCCCUGCUGAAGGAGGCCCUGGAGCGCACGGAGCAGCAGCUGUGCCAGGAGAAGCGAAUUAACAGGGCCAUCAGGCAGCAGAAGGUUGGAUCCAGAAAAGCCACCCAAAAGAUAGACCAAGACAGAGAGACGCUGAAGAAAGAAACAUCCAGCAAGUCUUGCCAGAGCCUUUUGCUUUCAAAGUCUGGGGGAAGGAACUAG